AACCCUUUUCAACUGCACAUUUCUGUUUGCAUCAUAGUUUGCCCGUAUUUUUCGGCUGUUUGUAAACUGUGGUAUUGACACUGGGAAGAACCGCGUGAAUGGAAAAUAAAUAUUAAAGUAGACGAUGGAUUCAGAUUCGGACGAUUAUCAGUGUCAUUUAAAACCUCAGCUUAUAUCUUCGAAGACUACGAAUACCCCGAUUGUAGAGAUCUCAAACACAGAAGUCAAUUCAGGCAAACAUGAGUUUGGCUGCUUGGAUAAUCGUACUUCCACUGCAACGCAACUAAUGUACACAGCAGCUGUAAAUGAUACAUCUGGAAGUCCCAUGAAAAAAAUAGUUAGAAAGAGACGUAAAAAAAAAGUUGAUUCCAAUAAAAUAAAUGUAGACUGUAAUGAAAGUGAAAACAGUUUAAACUACAGCAGCCAAUUUGUUAUUGGGGCAGAUAGUAAAGAAAAUAUAUCUGACUAUUCCAAAUGCAGUAGUGACAGUGUUAAAAGAACAAGUAGUCAAGACAUUGAAGUAGGUAUUUUCAGUUUGAUCAAUCAAACUAUUCAGGUAGACUGUCUAGAAGAUAUUUCUGUCACAGUUAGCACGACAGACUGCCAGGAAACAGAAGCUGAUGUUCCCAAAGUAAGUUUUGGGAAUGUUAAUGGGAUAGACUGCCAAGAAAACCAGCCAGAUUGUCCUAAUCAUGGUGACAAUCUCAGCAAAUCAGAUUGCCAGGAAGUAAGUUUUGAGGAUGUUAAUGGGAUAAACAGGAAAGAUAAUUGGCCUGAUGGUUCGAGACAUAGUGACAGCAGUGUUGACUCUCAAGACCGUGAAGCAAGUAGUCACUGUCAAGAGAAACAGACUAGUAUCCUCAAAUGGAGUAGUGACAACGGAAGAACUGAAAACUGUAACGAAAAUCAUGCUGAUAGUCAGACUACAAUUACUGGGGAUGUUUUUGCUCUAAAUUUCUACCUAGAAAAUGAUGCGGUCAGGACGUUUCCAGUGGAGAGGGUGAAUUGUUUUGUCACACUUGACGACGUGGAGGAAUGUUUGUCUCCUAACCAGGCCGGGUGUACGACCCCCGCCCGGCCGGGAAGUGACGUCCGGACAGAACGCUCGGUGCGGGUUGAAUUGCGGAAGGUGGACCAGGCUGUUCAGACGGAUGCUCCGGAAGUGGAGUCCCUUGUCGUCGCUGCCGUGAAGUGUGUUAAUGCAAGCACGCAGACUGAGGACUCGCGGUCCAGCGGAGCAGAGGCUGCGGGAAACGUCUGCACGCGCUCACGGACUGAGCGGCAUGGACUGCAAGCUUGCAGAUGUCUUGGGCGGGGGACCCCGGCAGAUGCUGGUGACAGGACGGUGUGUUUUGAACUGGAGACGAGAGGCGUGGAAGAAAGUGCUGCAGGUAGUUUGGAACACGCGAGCAGUCGAACGAACACGGUGCGAGGUACCAGCGCUGAGCGGCAGCACGGAGCACUAGCCCCCCGCCCAGCGGUGCAACUCGCGGACGGCUCGUCUGAUAGUCGUGCGGCGCGUGGCGACGGGCAUAGCUGCGGCACCGCGGACUCCAGACUCCAGCCGGCUGGUGCAUCAUUCAGUUUCCAGUUGCAGUGUGCGCCAGACACGACUGGUGUGUCACAAUCGUGGUUAGAUGGCCUGAUUGUAUGUCUCAUGGUACCUAUCAUUGCGAGAUUUAUGUAUUUUGGGAUGUGUGGCAUUUUUAACUUAUUUUAUCUCCUCUUGUUUUACAUACUGCGUGUUUUACUUUCCUAAGGCUAUGUGUAAACAUGACUUGGACACUUGUUGGAAUCUACAGUGAAUCAAUUAGAAACUGGCACUUGACAGAUUGUUGAAAAGGGCACCUGCGAAGUGUUAUGGUCCCUCGUUCAGCCACGCGGGUGGUUUCGAGUCAUUCUAGAAGUUGUUAUUGACGAUGCGUUGCAAAUUCAGUCAGACUCUGUUACGACAGACAAGGUUUGAACACUUUCAGGUGAUUGUUACCAGUGAAAUGUUCAGUGGCAAACAAGGAAAGUAAGAGACUGAAUUGCAUUAUUUUAUACAAUAAAUAAAAAUUUUAAUUGCAGUAUGUAUUCAUAAUAUAGAGUAUUGUUUUGUUUUCCAUGGAAAAAAAGUUUUUAGGAAGGUAAAAAGGUAUAUUUACAUUUUAUUAAUACUAUGAAAAUGUACAAUAAUUAAUGGAAAUAUUAGUCUAUGUAAUGGGUGUCUGUUCUGUAGAUGAAGUCAAGUGGUUAGCAAUUGGAUAGGUUUGUUUUUAAAUUUUAAUUUUGUUUUAUUCAUUUAGCACCAUAUUGUGUUUAAACUUGAGACUGUGUGUUAUAUUACACUUAUAAAGACUGCAAUUAAGAUAGGGUAUAUUUUAUUAAUUCUUAGUGUAUAACUAACCAACGUUGCAGGUAUUAGGUAUGUAAUAAUAAGGCUGUAAUAUACAAUAUUAUAUUUUGCAUAAGUUAAAAUAUUUUAUGAAAUAAAAAUUAGCUAUUGGUAAACUAUA